CUUCUUUAAGCUGUAUUAUAUUGUAUUACCAGCAACAAUUUAAAACAUUCAAAAAAAUUCUGAUUAACAUGUUUCUUAAAGCAUUCUACGUGUUUUCAUUCAUUUGCUUUUUGUCUUGGGGAACUGAUGCUGACACAUGUGAGGAUUCUGAAAAAUGGUUCAAAUGUUCAGAUGACGAUAUAAAUUCCUUUGAGUGGGGUGGAUUGUCCAUCAAGUGUCCCAGUGAUAGAGUGUGUAAUUCCAAGUAUAUUCUCACUAAAGAUGAAACUACAACCACUAUGACGCCUACAACAACUGUAACUGCUACAAACCCAACAACUACUGUAACCACUUUAUCUUCAACAACUACUGAAACCUCUUCUUCACCUACAACUACUGAAACCACUCUAAGCACAACAACUUCUGAAACCACUCCCACCACAUCAACUACUGAAAUCACAACCACUUCUGAAACCUCUCCUACAACUACAACUACUGAAGCCUCUCCAACCACAACAACUACUGAAGCCUCUCCAACCACAACAACUACUGAAGCCCCUACAACCACAACAACUAGUGAAACCACUCCUACAACUUCAAAUACUGAAGAGCCUAUAACCACAACAACUACUGACCCCAAUCUCGGUAGAAAUAUUCGAAAAUUCCUUAAUAGAGUAGCACCUAGAGCAUCCAAAUGCGAACCGUGUGUACCCCCAAGUGUUGCUUGUGGCAAUGGCAAUAAAUUCAAAUGCGAUACUAAUAAUUCAACUAAAUUCGAAUUGAAUGGUGACAAAUUCGAAUGUCCUGAUGGAUUUAAAUGCAACGAUGGUUACAAACACGGAUGUUUCCCGUGUUAUCGCCCAAAAUGCGAGAAUAAAUGGACGUGUGGCCCUGGUGAGGACGACGUAACAACUGACACAUUCCGAGGAAAGUGCGUGAAUGGAUCGGUUUGUAAAACGGAUAAAUUUGCUCCAUGUGACUACUGCGUGAGUAAAUCAAGAAAAAGAUCAGCACGUCAACUUCUGAGAAUUAUUGAAACUUUUUAAAAUAUUGAUGUCACCAUUUUGAAAGUACGGUUUAUUGAAUACUUUUGGUUAUAUUCAUUCAAAUUAUGGCCUUGCAGAUAAAUUAUCAAGAUGUUUAAAAGGAAUUUGUUAAAAUUGUGAUGUAAAAUAGAUUAAAUACCUUUUAUUUGUAUUGUAAAUAAAGCAAUUAUCAAAAAGUG